GUUGACCCCAAAGAUUACACUUUUGCUGGACUUAAAGACGAAACUGUGGGUCGACUGCCUGGAAAAGUAGCAGGCCAGCAAUUCAUCAUUCAGGACUGUGAGAACUGUAGUAUCUACAUCUUUGACCAUUCUGCCACAAUCACUAUCGAUGACUGUGUAAACUGCCGAAUCUUCUUAGGGCCAGUCAAAAGCAGCGUCUUCUUCCGCGACUGCAAGGACUGCAGAUGCAUCGUGGCCUGCCAACAGUUCCGCACGCGGGACUGCAAGAAGCUGGAGGUCUUCUUGUGCUGUGCCACCCAGCCCGUUAUCGAGUCCUCCACGGGUAUGAAAUUCGGAUGUUUCCAGUACUAUUAUCCUGAGCUUGCUUUACAAUUUAAAGAUGCUGGACUGAGUAUCUUUAAUAACACGUGGAGCAACAUCCAUGACUUUACCCCUGUGUCAGGAGAAAAUAACUGGGGCCUUUUGCCUGAGGAUGCUGUAGUCCAAGAUUAUGUUCCUCUGCCCAGCUCUGAGGAGCUGAAAGCUGUCAGAAUUUCUACGGAUGCUACGAGGAGCAUAAUACCGAUAACUCGAGGGCAGAGACAGAAGAGCAGCGACGAGUCGUGCUUGGCCGUGUUUUUUGCUGGUGACUACACAACUGCAAACGCCAGGAAGUUAAUUGAUGAGAUGACUGGUAAAGGCUUUCAGCUGGUACAGACUAAAGAAGCCUUAAUGAAGGAAGAGGACGCUCGCAGAGUUUUCCAGCAGUGUGCAUCAGAAUUCAUUCCACUGCUUGAAAAAGGUCCAGUGGUUGCUUUGGAGUUCAAUGGAGAUGGUGCCGUGGAAGAAUGUCGAAGCACUAUAAAUGACGUUUUCAGUGGGACCAAGGUUUUUGUAUCGGAGAGCAAGGCAACAGCAUCUCAAGAUGUAGACAAUUUCUACAACUUCGCCGACAUGCAGAUGGGGAUGUGAAGUUCCACAUGAAGGUGUUCGUGUACGGUUUGUCUCAGCACCUGGGUGUCGCUUGGCUUGAAUUUUGCAGUAGUAUCUGAGAAUCUUUUUCAUUUGGUUUUGUAUUUCUCAUAUAUCCCUUUUCUAAAGCUAUUG